UUUACUAAUUUACUGAUUUCUUUCUCUGGUUUUCAUCAUCAUCCAACAUUCCAACAUAUAUCCUUCUUGCUUCCCUCUCAUGGCUCUGCAAUCCUCCUCCUCCUCCUCCUACUCUGAAUGGAAACACGAUGUGUUUAUUAGUUUCAGAGGCCAAGAUACUCGCUAUGGUUUCACAGGCAACCUCUACAAGGCUCUUUGUGACAAAGGAAUUCUCACCUUCUUUGAUGAUGGCGAGCUUCAAAGCGGAGAGGAAAUCACACCUGCACUUCUCAAGGCAAUUCAAGAGUCCAGGAUUGCCAUCGUUGUACUCUCUCCUAACUAUGCUGCUUCUUCUUUUUGCUUAGACGAACUGGUCCAUGUCCUUCACUGCAUCAAGGGAAACCAUCGCUUGGUUUUGCCUGUUUUCUAUGAGGUGGAUCCUUCCGAUGUGCGCCAUCUGAAAAACAGUUUUGGAGAAGCAAUAGAUAAGCAUGAGAAGAGAUACAAGGAUGACAUGAAUAACAAGGUGGACACAUGGGAAAAGGCUCUGCAUCAAGUGGCUAAUUUAUCAGGCUAUCAUUUCAAAUAUGGGGAUGGAUAUGAACACAUGUUUAUUGGAAACAUUGUGGAUAACAUCUCAAAAAAGAUUAGAAGACGUUCAGCUUUGCCUGUUGCUGAUCAUCCAGUUGGAUUGGACUCCCCAGUGUCAAAGGUAGCUUCGCUUCUAGAUGUUGAAUCUAGUGCUGGGGUUCACAUGGUUGGGAUAUAUGGCAUUGGUGGAAUAGGAAAGACCACACUUGCUCUUGCAGUCUAUAACUUGAUUGCUGACAAUUUUGAUGGUUUGUGCUUUCUUGAAAAUGUGAGAGAAAAUUCAAAUAGACAUGGAAUUGUACAUCUUCAAAAUAUCCUUCUGUCAGAGAUAUUAGAAAAGAAGAAAAUAAAGCUAUCAAGCAGUAAACAAGGAACUUCAGAGAUACAAAAGAGGUUAUGUCAAAUAAAGGUUCUUUUGGUUCUAGAUGAUGUUGAUGAGCAAGAGCAAUUGAAAGCUAUUGCUGGAAAACCUGAUUGGUUUGGUCAUGGUAGCAGAAUUAUUAUUACAACACGGGACAAACAUUUGCUGACACUUCAUGACAUUGAAAGAACAUAUGAGGUACAAGGUUUGAAUGAGGAAGGGCCCUUAGAUUUGCUUCAAUGGAAAGCUUUUAAAACAGAUAUUGUCAACCCAAGGUAUGAGAAUGUUUUAGCCCGUGCAGUAACUUAUGCUUCUGGGCUUCCAUUGGCUUUGGAAGUUAUAGGUUCUAACUUGUUUGGAAAAGAUUUAGAACAGUGGAAAUCUGCAAUGGAUCAAUAUGAAAAGGUUUUUGAUAAUAAAAUACGUAAGAUACUUCAGGUUAGUUUUGAUGUUUUGGGAGAAGAUGUGCAGAGUGUUUUUCUUAAUAUUGCUUGUUGUUUUAAAGGAUAUAAAUCAGUGGAAGUUACCACUAUACUUCAAGCCCAUUAUGGGAGGGGUAUGAAAUAUCAUAUUGGAAUGUUGGUUGAAAAAUCUCUCAUAAAGAUUGAUCGUCAAUUCAGAAUAACAUUACAUGAUCUAAUAGAGGACAUGGGCAAAGAUAUAUGUCGAGAAAAAUCAUCCGAAGUGCCUGGAAAGCGUAGUAGAUUAUGGUUCUACAAAGAUAUAGUUAAAGUUUUAGAAGAUAAUCAAGGAACUAGUGCCACUGAAAUCAUACAUUUGGAAUUUCCUUUAUUUGGAAAGGAAGGAGGUGAAGAUCCAUCGGAAAAAGAGAAAAACGAUGAUGUAGAAGUAAAAUAGGAUGGAACAGCUUUUAAAGAGAUGAAAAAUCUCAAAACACUUAUCAUAAAAAAUGGUCGUUUCUUCAGAGGUCCCAAAUAUCUUCCUGAUGGUUUCAGUGGCUAAGAGAAGGGGGGUUGAAUCUUAGCCCCCUUUUUUUUGAUAAUACUUGCUGACUUGUUAGACCAAUUCUGGAAACUUUUAGACUUUUUAUCUCAUCACUGCACACGAGACUUUUCUUUUUGUCUCGUCCCUAGCCACGAGACUUUUCUUUUUGUCUCGUCACUUGGCACGAGAUAAUUUUGAUUUUUGCUCCUGUGUAGUAGAAAUAGAAAUGGAGUAGAGAGAAGAGGAAGUUUACACCCAGAUAUAUCCUGGUUCAGCUGCUAUGUGCAGUGCAGCCUACAUCCAGUCUCCAUCACAAACAUGAUGGAAUUUCACUAUAAUCAAUCUGAUUACAACUUGUAAAGUGCUAACCCAACUUACAAGGGGAUUCCCACAGAAUCAUGACACACAACAUAGAUGAACAAAAGAACUCUAAGACAUCUAUGGCUUUUUCUUUUAAUUUUGCACUCUCUGCCUUUUUUCGCUCUAUGGCUUUUUCAUACAAACCUCACGGUUUGCCUUUUCCAUGAGACUCAAGACAUGACAAAAUUAAACAGAAAAAUUACAAAAUAGAAUACAUUGAAGGAGAAGAGAAAAUUGUUAGCUCAGGUAGCUCUGAAAACACUGUGCCUUGCACUCUCAAAUUUUCUCCUUGCUCCAAACAGUGGCUGUUCUCCCUUUUUAAAGAAGAGGGAAGCCUCCACACUUGAAGCCAACACCCAAACCAACUUCUUCCUCCUUCAAGAAACAGAACCGGUUCGGCCACAUAGAGAAAGAAGAGAUAACCACGCAAAACCCAACAUGCAAUUACCUCUAGUCCUUUCUUGAUCAUCACUCUUCAUCAAUCCGAGCUCUCCAUCCUUGGCUUGCUCUCCAAGAUGGAUUUCUGGCCCUUGAUGCUUCAUGAUGAUGAUGACUUCAUCUGCUUCAAUCUCUACCUCAGCCAUCACUUCGCCACUCUAGCUACUUCCUGUGGUGGUUGAGCAGAAUCAAAGACAAGCUAUGCUUCAAGAAUCUCCUCCUUGCUGGCCGAAUCUUCAUCCUCCAUUUUUGGUAUGGAAAGGCUAAGAUAUCAUCACCAUAUCUUACCAUCUGUGAUAAAAAUCUCAGCCACUAUAUUCUUUUUUUGUGUUUUCUUGCCAUCAUUAGCUUGAUGGUCUUGAUGCAUGUAGCUUCUUCUUUUUCUUGGUAGAUGAACAUAGCUUCCAUUGUUUCCUGGAUAAGGACCGAAAAGAAGAAAGAAAGAGAUGAAAGAGAAGAGAGAAUCUGAAGAAAAGCAAUUCAAAAGUGAUUAAACAAAUUAAUUGAAGAUAUCUUGCUUUUACUUCCCUGGGUGGCGUGUAAAGUUAAUGCCAUCAAUCAUGUCAAUGACACUCUCUCUCUCAUAUUUCCCAUGCAUUUAUUAACUUUACUCUAAUGAAUUUGAAAUCCAUCUUGAUGAGCAAAGGAGUUCCGUUGGAAGCAUUUUUGCUUUCUCUUUUCAUCUUGGUUUCGGACCAAGUUUGGAAACAUUCACCAAAAAUUAUUGGGCUUGAUAGCAACA